AUGACCAAAUACAGAAGAGCAGGGAUUUUGGGCACUCGGGCGCUGCAGAUUGCCAUGGGCGCUCCGGUCAUGGUGGAGAUCGAAAGCGAGACGGAUCCGUUGCAAAUCGCCAGAAAGGAGCUGAAGGCCCGGAAGGUGCCAAUCAUUGUUCGUCGAUACCUCCCCGACGGUUCUUUUGAAGACUGGUUUGAGGCUGAAGAGAAGAAGCUGGAGAAAGAGGCUGAACGCCAUGCCAAGGAGGCGGAGGCACACGAUAAGGCCAUCGAAGAGGCGAAGAAGAUUACGUUCAGCGAGGAUCCCAGUCUUCCAAACGCCAAGAUCAUUCGCAUUCAU